ACAGGUUCAACAAAUGUAGUUCUAUACGAGGUUUUCGUCGAGGCUAUGAAUAGACACCCAUACUUCACACUCUUAGUAAACUGCAAUGACCAGCAGUAUAACGAUUGUGCGCUAAGCUUUCACUCGAAUACGAUACACUCCCUUGAAAAACCAAAAAUCUCAUGUUGUUCGAGUGCGGAUAUGUUAGAAAGAGAUGUGACGCAGAUUGUUUUGUUAAUGCCUGGUAUUUUUCCUUUUGGUUUUCAACCAGAUUUACAGCUCUGUGUAUUAUGUUAG